ACAAUAAUUAAAGAGAGAGAGAGCUCUGCAAAUCUUUUGAUAGUCUAUUUUUCAGUGCCUACAAACAGAAAAACAUAAUGAAAUCAUCUUAAUGCAUACAGAACAAACAAUAAACCUCAAAGAGAGAGAGAGCCGCAAAUCUGAAAAUAGAAAUUACAGCUUCGAUCAGGUUCCUCGGACCCAGUUUAAUUUGUGGAUUGUGAGCAAGAAACCUCUUAAGGGAGAAUGGAACUACAAAGGAAACAAAGCAAACAAGAAGAUGAACAAAUGUGUGAUUUGCCUGAACCCAUUAUUCACAAAAUACUCUUUCUCCUCAACACUAAAGAUGCAGCCAGAACUAGUGUUUUGUCCAAGACUUGGCAACGUGCAUGGACUUCAUUCCCGCGCAUUUCUUUUGAGGAAUUGGAUUUUAAUGCUGGAGGCAUUGAACAACCCAAUUAUUAUCCAAAAACCAACAAAGCAAUCAAGAUGAAGAAGGAGAGUUUCAUGGCUUACAUAGAUAAAACCCUUCAAAGCUUCCUUGAACACAACUCAAACAUAGAGGAAUUCACUCUCAAGUUGACCUACCAUGACAAAGAGUUUGUGUUGCCUCGUGUUGUCAAAUGGUUAACCUUUGCAACUGAGAGAAAAGUCAAGGUACUGAGUCUUUGCUUGUCAAUAAUAGAUUUUAUUGAUGAACAUAAAUUAUUAGGAAAACAAGUAUAUUACAGUUUACCUCAGGUUGUGCUUGAGGCCAAAACAAUAUCUGAGCUCCAGUUAUCACAUUGCAAGUUGGAGCCCUGUAAUGAGUUUAAGUUCUGUCAUUUGAAAACUUUGAAUUUGAAUGAUGUCCAUCUAGAUGAACAGGUAAUUCUGAAUCUGACACUUAGCUGUCCCUUGAUCGAGGAUUUUCGACUAAAUAAUUGUCAAGGGUUCGAACAUUUAAUGGUGUCAAGUCUUCCUCGACUUAAUUUGUUUCAUGUAGUAGCUAAUACAAAGGUCUUGAGGAUUGAAAUUGAUGGGCCAAGUUUACAAACUUUUCACUACUGGAGUCGUUAUUCAUAUGGGUUGGACAAUGAGCAUUGUGAUAUUUACUUGGAAGCAUGCAAAAAUUUGAAAAGACUAUUUUUCCAUAAUAUCAUGGCAGUUGAGUUGCUUGAAAAUAUAGGAUCAAAGUUUCCCACUCUUGAGGUCUUGGAAAUCUCAGAAUGGAAGAUGACAGAUAUCGAAAUCUCUUGUCAAACGCUUAGGGUGCUCACCUUAGAGAAUUGUAGAGAUCUUGAGGUGGUGGAAGUUGAUACCCCCAAUUUAGUUUCACUUCAUUGCAGGAUGAAUAAAUUGCCUUUCUAUUCUUUUGAUGCUCCAAGUUUGCUAGAAGUCGAGCUUAAAUUCUAUCUUCGAAGUUGUUCCAAUCUUUGGUUUGAUGAAUUGAAAAAACUUGUUGGAAAGUUUAAUAAUUCUGAAGGUUUGAACUUGGUCAUCCACUCCAAGUGCAAUGGCAUUCUACUAGAUGGAUUGAAUGAGCGUGUACUUUCUUGGCUAAUUGAUCUCACGGAAUUGAGGCCAACAAUAGCCAUAUCUUCAAUGGGUUUAUCCAAUUUGGUAGAAAGAUUUUUGCUUGAUAGUCAUGUAGAGACCCUAUCGAUAUUGUCAAGUUCCAGCAAAUUACUAGAGGUCCUGAAUGAGAAGCUAAUCAAUAGACUAUUCAAAUCAAGGUGUCUACACGAUUCCUUAUCUGGUGUAAAGGUUGUGAACUUAGAUAGGGAAGAAGAUCUUGAAUUUUCCAAGUGGAUUGCUUUGUCGAAGUCACAUGAAACUAUGGACUACAAGAUAACUAGUUUUAAACUUGAAUGGAUGUGAUUGAUGUGGUAGAAAGACUUAGAUAACAUCUUGAUCACAAUAGUUUAUGCUAGAUCUUUUUGUAUUAAUUUAUUGUAUUUUCUAUUUGGUUAUUGCCAAUUUCAAUAACUUAGGAAACCCAUCAUUUAUGGUCCCACCAAGUAUGGUGAUCAAU